AUGGCUUCCACUUCCACCAACGGCGCUGCCGCCGGCGCAUCCACGUCGACUGCAGACAUGACCUCCAAGGACUACUACGCUGACUCGUACGCCCACUUUGGCAUUCACGAGGAGAUGCUCAAGGACGAGGUGCGCACUCGCUCCUACCGCAACUCGAUCAUCAACAACCCGCAUUUGUUCAAGGACAAGAUCGUGCUCGAUGUCGGAUGCGGUACUGGUAUCCUGUGCAUGUUCGCUGCGAAAGCCGGCGCCAAGAAGGUCAUCGGCGUUGACAUGUCCAACAUCAUCGACCAGGCCAAGAUCAUCACCGAGGUCAACGGCUUCAAGGACACCAUCACGCUCGUCAAGGGCAAGCUCGAGGAGGUUGAUUUGGGGCUUGGCCCCAACGGCAAGGUGGAUAUCAUCAUCAGCGAGUGGAUGGGCUACUUCUUGCUCUACGAGAGCAUGCUCGACACGGUCCUCAUGGCCAGGGACAAGUACCUGGCUCCUGGAGGCAUGAUGUUCCCCGACAAGGCGACCAUGUACAUCUCGGCGAUCGAGGACCAGGAGUACAAGGACGAGAAGAUCGGUUUCUGGGACGACGUCUACGGCUUCAACUACUCGUGCAUCAAGGACAUUGCGUUGCGCGAACCCCUGGUGGACACGGUGGACAUCAAGAGCGUCGUCUGCGACCCUUGCGCCAUCAAGCAGCUCGAUCUGCUCACCGUCACAAAGGAGGAGCUCAGCUUCGAAUCCGACUUCACGCUCAACGCAACACGAGACGACUACGUGCACGCCUUCCUCGGCUGGUUCGACAUCAGCUUCGACGCCUGCCACAAGCCCGUCCAGUUCUCCACCGGCCCGCACUCGAGGUACACCCACUGGAAGCAGACCGUCUUCUACACCAAGGACGUGCUCGCCGUCAACCAGGGCGAUGCCAUCACCGGCAGGUUGGUCUGCAAGCCCAACGAGAGGAACAACCGCGAUCUCGAUAUCACUAUUGACUACCAGGUCCAGGGCGCCACCGCAUCGUCCGGUCACAUGGAGUACAAGAUGUCCUAG